AUGGAUGAUCCUCCCGCUAUGGAGAUUGGCAAUAACGUCAUGGGCAUCCCCACCAUUCAGCGUAUCAUGUCGGUGCACGACACGGCUUUGGCGAUGGCCGGUACGGCUCACUUAGCUAGACUGAAGCAUUAUACCACCAAAUUUUUGGGGUUCUUGCAGACUCGCUUGGAGCCGGACUGCGGCCUCCGCGUUCCCACCGUGCUUGAAGCGCAGCAGGCUGAUCGUAUCCUUUGGGGUAACAUCUUCGGAUUAGUUCUUGAAAAGGAUUGGUCGGUUGACGACUCUAUCUUCGAAUACUCGGAAAUCAGGGCCAAGAUGGCUACGCUACUUCAGCCACGUCGCGGCAAGGGCGGCAAGCCGAACGCCAAGGGGAAGGGUCAGGGCCCUCAGUGGAUUAAGAACGUCACAGUCAAUGGCUCCCCUAAGCAACUCUGCAUGCGCUGGCAAAGCGGCCGCUGCCUGGCGGGCACAUCCUGCCCAUUCAUCCACGCCUGCGCUUAUCCCAAAUCGGACGGAUCCGCGUGCGUGUCCAAGGACCACAAUGCUCUUGGUCAUCAAGCCACCCCGCACUGA